AUGCGUUAUCAUGUGGAAAACAAAAUGUCCAAGCAGGACGAAAACCUGCGAGGGCAGAUUCUGGUGCAGCAUUCUGGGUUGUCUGCCUUGCUGGACUACCAUGCGCAGAGAGCAUUUACUCAGAUCCCCGUCAGGGUCGUGAAGAAGAUACGGAAGGAAAUUCUUGGACACAAUGACGUGGGCGAGGAGGAAGGCACGGCCGAGGACGACGACGUGGAAGCUCCGGAUGCUGAGAAGGCAGUAGAUCACACGUGGCACGCUGUGAUGGGCGCACUGAAAUGCUCCGAGACUUCGGCAGCCACAAUUUUGGAGAAGUCUUUGGGGAUGAGAACUUCGAGGGACUAUGAGAUGGAGCUUUUGCAGUGCGAAGAAGUCACAGAUGCCAUGAACCGAGAUGAGCACCUGGAAGCAGAAAAAUUUCUUGAAGGAGUUGCAAUCGAGGAGAAGGCAACGUUUUUCCAAAUUUGA